GACCACCUGCAGUUCCAAUUCCAAUUUCCAAGCUGCCGCCUCUCUCUCUCCCCUAUAUUUCUCUGUUCCACUUCCUUCCUGGGGGCCUGGUCCGGUGGUCCCCCAAACUUCUGCCUCCAAGGGCUUCUCUCCGCGAACCAUAAGAGACGAGAGAACCGCGCGAAGUGGCGAAGUGGCGAAGAAGCGAAGGAUUGGAGGAGUGACCAGCGACACCAACGAAGAUUGUAUAGCGAAAAUCUGCGUCGUAAGCCUUCUGAACACGAUUCUCGCUUUUAUCCUCUUUUCCAGACAUGAUUUCUAUUCGCAUUUCGUCCAAGUCUUCUACGUGCCUGGUUGCGGAAUUUCGUCGAACAGGUGGUGAGCUAAGUCGUUUAAAUACCAAGGAACAUAGACUUUACUUAUGAAAAACCUUUCCAAGUAGCAACGUGUUUCCAGCUAGAUUGAUGGUUGAAUUUCUGCUGAUUCUGUAUGUUUGCAUUGCAUAUCAACGUUUGUGAGUUCAUUAUGUUGGGUGGUAGUAUAACUUAUUCAAUGUAUUUGGAAGGGAACAGUCUCAUUUUCAUCUCUUUUCAUGACCCUAAAAUAUGGGGUAUGGGGGCAAGUACAAGUAAUCGCCAUUGGCUUAACUAAGUCUUCGUUUGAAUCCUGCAUAUCUUCUUUGAGAACAGUUUGGUAGAUGUAGGACUUUUUGUGUGAUUAUUUGUGCACACUAUGUCGUGAUGGGUGGCAGCCAGCCACUCUAUAAUUUGGCCUUAUGACUACAUUUUUGUGUAACAUUUGUGAUGCUGGGUUCAUGUUUUGCCAUCUUCCAUGUUAGGCUAAUAUCAUAAGUCGGUGGUUAUGAUUAGAGCAAGUGAAAGAUUGGAGAUAAUGCAAGGAACUGUGCAGUUGUAAUUGAGCUCUUUUUCAAGAUGUAAUCAUGUAGAAGGUUAGGAUAGAGGAGAAACGAAAAAAGAGCUAGGCUUGGUUAAUGAUUUUUACGACUUUCAGGAUUAAUAGUUGAAUUAGAGUGAUCACUUUCAAUCAAGUUCAUCAUAGACGCAUGUUUGUUGGAAGUACAUGACAAUUGACAACCAUUUUCGAGCAUUUAGUUAAUGAUGAAGAAGAGGCUUCUGUGUAGUGAGUGUGUGGGCUUUAUAAGGGUUAUCCCAUUUUAACGUCAUCCUCUUCUUUGGCAGGCAGCUACCAUAAGUUUAGGAUGGGUAUAGUAGCCAAACUGAAGCGCCAGGAAGCGAGUUGCAAGCGUAUCUUGAAGGAGCUGCGCGCACACGAGCAUGAAGUGAUAUCAGAGGAUGCCAAAUUAUCAUCCAUGAAAGGUGAAGGAGCGAAUUUGGGUGCCCUGAAGCACCAAGAGGACUUGCUUGCAGAGUGGCGCUUCAUGGUUAAAUGUUCCUAUGACCGCCUGAUCAGUGCACUUGACUAUCUAUCGACAACUCUUGCCGAGGCAAACGAGCAGUUGGAUUUGGAGGAUAACCCACUUGUGGUCGCAUCUGCAAGAAACACUGCUGAUGUGGUUUUCGCUAUUGUCAGUUGGCUCAGACGCGACCUUUAGGAAAAGAGCUCAUGUGCUGAUUGCUCGCGAGAAAAUUACAUUUGACUCCUGUUAUUUCUACUCUGGACAGUUCUUGUAUUUUGAAUUUUCUGGUGUCAGGAUUGCUUCAAACAGGGUUAGCGAUUCUGCCUUGGGAUUGGUUACGGACAGCGGAUGUUUGGGUUAACUUCCACCACAUUUUUGGUAUCAAGUUCUGAGAUCACAGCAAGACAAGUAGGAGACAACAACUCUAGUAGAGGAUGCCAUACGCGAACCAAGAGCGAGAAAAUAAAUAUCCAUUCAACUGGUCGAUCGCAGUUGUCCAGUUGAAUAACUGAAUGUGUUUCGAUCGCAGACUUCGGUGAAUGUCUGAGCGAUCGUCGAUUGGUACCGGACAGAUCUCUGCGUUCUGCUCUCUCCUUCCCCGCGAUUCCUUCUGCUCUCUGUAACGUUCUGGAGUGCUGCUGGAACAAUUCUUGGCCAUUGAGGAUAGCAAUUGGGAAAUUGAAGAGAAGAAUAGAAGGGUUUGAGAAGAGAGGUCUUAUAUAUGUUUUGAUCAAUUAUAAUCAACUACCUAAUCUCCCCGUCUUAACAAAAAAGCCACAAUCAUUGCACUCUCGCACUGCGCUCUUCGUCGCGCCCUGCUCUCUCCGCCAAAGAAUCCUCCCGGUCCAAGUUAAUAAAUUUCCCCACUAUUCUCAAAGUCCGUCCCAAUUAACUCCAAAAGUGAACAUCAGUACCAAUUAGUCCCCUCCUUGCCUUUCUUCCACCGUAUGAGACAGAGUUGAUUGAAAAUGGAAUCCAGAAUGCAAAAGGAUUGCUCUGCAGAAGAAAGGAGAAGAAGACAUGAAACCUCUGUUGGAGAAACGUUUCGGGAUUAAGUCUCAGAGGCUAGUUAGUGUGAAUGGUGUUGCGCACCAUUUUACCGUAAUUCUAGAUUAGUCGUUAAAGAACAGUUUUAUGUUUAAACCCAACCAGUCGAAAUGUGACACGUGACUUUUAUCUGUAAACCGGAUUACAAGCUGAUAAAAAAAAGAAGCAGAGCAGCUAACUGUUGUCUUUGUACAUUUCGGCCAUUUCUUUACCCUAAUACUUGAAACUCAACACCGUUACGGAAUUGGUUCCAGGAGAUCGUAUUGGGAACCUACGCGUCAAAAGUUGUGGGUGUUGUGCUCGGGUGUUGGUGGGCUUUGUGUGGUGUCGAGUUAUUGGUAGCGGGCUUCGCUAAUCGCUAGGCAGGCUGGGCAGUGCCAGUAAGGGAAAAUCUUGCUAUCCGGUUUAUCGCAUUUUUAGGUUUUAACCAGAUCGGACCGAGACCGAUUUUUUUGUGUUCACACAACCACAAACCGAAUUAGGUGGAUGGGCAUUCGGUUUUAACCAGGAUGGUUUAAAUUGGGAUCCAGAUCAUGAAUAUUUGGAAUCCAUAUUAUGCAAGGUUUUCAGUUUGACCGAAAAAUCGGGGCCGGAUUCGGAAUUCCUACCCAUACGUGUAACUACACAUGGUUAUAUACCGGAUCUUUUAUCCUGUCUUCCUCUUAGCAUAACGUUCGCGACCUAGCUAGAACAUAACUUCCAUGUUCGCAUACAGCGUCCGUGCUCUUCCUCUUUGCAGAAUAAACUGAAGAGUCAAGAACCUGCCGGCGGUUUGAUUGAUUUAAACAUUGAAGCUUCAAGAAAGCACUCCGAAGUGC